CGGAUCGCAAACUUUUAUUUUUGUCUUUCUUCAUUAAAUUUUCUUCGCAAGAAUAUUUAGCCCCCAUCGAAUUACUCCUCUUCUUCUUCUUUUUCCUCCUUCUUCUCUGUUUCAUUCUAAUUGGGAUUCAGCUUGGGUUGCACAGAGCUGCUGAAUCGAAGCCAUGGAAUUCCAGAAGCUAUCCGACAAGGCCAUGGGAAUCUUCGCUGAUUUCUUCUGGUUCAUCUUCACCAGUUCCUUGAUUUGGGCGAUCAGUUUCGCAGGCAUGCAUUUCUUGAGACCUAAGAAAGGAAGUGAUUCUCAGAGUGCAAUUGAUUUGAGGAGGAAGGACGAUGAGGUUAACAACGAAGAGGAAGAAGAGCCGCCGACGCUUUGUUUCAAGUUUCAGUAUCAGUUUUCUGAUCAACAACAGCAGCUGAUCAAGCAGCAAGCGGUUGACGGCGAGACAACGCCGCCGCCGUCUGCCAACGCUAGGAUUCACAACUACAGCUUCUUGUCCGGGAAAGAUUUCACCGGGUUCGUCGAACAGCCGCCGGCGGCAAAAACUUAUCGAGUUUUUCAGGAUUCUUAUCGAGAUCCUCCUGACCAUGCUUCCUUUAGCUCUUUAUCAUUGAAAGACUUCCCGCGGCGACGACGAAGUUCAACAGACCGGCGGCAGGGACAAAUCGACGCCGCCGGCGAGAAGUUUCCGGCCGACAAGUCGACAAAGUCAGAUUCUUUGAGAAGAACUAGUUCGGUUUCACCAAAAUACUUUCGCCGACGGAGGAGUUCGAGUGUUAAGGCAGACAAUUUUGCAGACGAAGUUGAUCAUGGAGAUAUCUAUAUUCAUCCCAAGUUUUCCGGCUUCAAUUCGGAAGCUGAAUCCAUUUCUGAUGCUGAUUCAGUGAAGGCUGAGAGCUUUGUGUCUUCGAAAGCUUCCCGAAAACCGUAUGCAAGCAAUCGAGCAAAUUUAUCAGUUGAAUUUGGAAGAGUUUAUCGAGGAAGGUUUAUGUUCAAUGAGUUUGCAGGAUUGGAUUCGGACACCGAAAGCUUUAGUGCAAGUGAUGGUUAUUCUGUCAAGGAGUUGCUUGUGGAUUCAGAUAGCAAUGGCCUUUUCUCUGAUACCGACUCCUCCGAUGACCAUGAACACAAAGCAAAUUCAGCUAGAUACAGUGGGAAAUUUUUGGAAGCUAUUAAAAGAGUUGAAAAACUACAAUCACAGCUUACUCAUAGCUAUGAUGCAGAAUCUGUUGCCGCAAACGAGGAGUUCUCCAAGCAAACCAUGUCGAAAGAGAAUGAACCCGAUGGAAAACUUGUUUGUGAUGAGAAGGUUAUGAAUCAAGGCCCUGAUGAAUCAACAGGAGUUCAGAAAUGUGAAGAAUCAACACCACCAAAUUUGAAUGACAAAGGUGAAGUGAAUCAAAACACUCGAAAAGGAUAUGAUGAUACUAGUAGCACCGGUGACACGGUUUCUGAAGCGUCGAGCGGAUUUGAUCUCUCCCCUCAUCCUCUUUUGGAGACAAUUUCAAGAACAGAUGAAGAAUUGGAUGGACUAGAGAAAGAACUAAAGAAGGAAAAGGAAGUGCCAUUAGUUGAUGAAUUGGAUGAUGAUGAGUAUGAUGAGUUGGAGUCCCUUUGGGAACAUGAGGAUCUCAUAGAGCAGCUAAAAAUAGAACUGAAAAGGGUGAGGGCCGCCGGCCUGCCUUCGAUCUCAGAGGAAUCGGUAGCCCCGAAAAUAGUUGAGGAUCUGAAACCAUGGAAGAUUGGCAAAAUUCAGCAAGAAGAUCCUAUAGAAGAGCUCCAUAAGUUCCACAAAAUUUAUCGAGGGAGGAUGUGGAAGCUCGACAUCUUGAACUAUCAGAAGAUGAACACAAUAGGAUUUCUCAACCUCAAGGAUCAUGUUCAUUCAAAGGGGCCUCAAAAGUCGGUCAUUCCGGCCAUCAAAUCCGUCCUCCUGCAGAAUCUAUGGUCCUGUAAUUUUCAAAUGGAUGUAGAUCCAUCUGACAAAUUGAUCAAGGAGGUGAAGAAUGAUUUGGAGCUUGUUGUUGUGGCACAAACAUGCCUUUCAUGGGAGUUCUUGCGUUGGCAGUAUGAGAAGUCUAGAGAGUUACCGGAAUUCGACCAUCAGUACAAUCAUGUAGCCGAUGAAUUCCAACAAUUCCAAGCGUUGCUGCAGAGGUUCAUAGAGGAUGAGCCUUUCCAAGGACCGAGAUUACCGAAUUAUCUCAAGAGUCGAUCUCUCGUUAAGAAUCUCCUCCAAGUUCCGGUCAUAAGAGAGGAUACCAUGAAGGAGAAGAUGGAGGAUGAAAGCAAGGGGAAUUUCAUUGUUACAAUUGAAACCCUUGAAGACAUAAUGGAGGAGUCCAUUAGGAUCUUUUGGGAAUUUGUGAAGGCGGACAAGGAUGAAACUCCAGGGUUUCUGAAGAUGUUAAUUGGAUCUCAUGCUGAACUUGAAGACCUUGCAGACUCCAAGCUCAUGUCAGAGAUCCAAAUCAAGUUGGAAAAGAAAGAAAAGAGACUGAAAGACAUUUUACGAACCGGGAAUUGCCUUGUGAAGAAGUUCAAGAAGCCUAAAGAAGACAGAUCGAAUCAAGAUCUCUUCUUCUCUCAAGUCGACCUGAAGCUGGUCGCAAGAGUGCUACGGAUGUCGAAGAUUACAACUCAUCAGCUGGUGUGGUGUGAUGCAAAGUUGAGCAACAUCUGGUUUGUGGAAGCAAAAGUUUAUAGGGAGCCUUCAUUUUUGCUCUUCCCCUGCUGAGUUUGUCAAUUUUGUUGUUGUAGUACAUAUAAAUCUAUACAUGUAAAUUUAGUAGAAAUUAGGCCUACACAAAAAUGAAUGUAUGUAUAAACAGGAUUAAUGGUGAAUCAUUUUACACAUGGUUGAUUCAUCCACAGAAUUUUAAAGGUGGAGAAGUUGAAUUCUUAGAAUAAAAUCAUAGUCAGAUAUA